AGAUUACUGAUAAUCCAGUGUGUGCUCUACUGCUGUGAUCCUCACUGUCUACCACUGACAGUCCACAGAAGACCAUCCUAUGUCUCACAGCUCUGGAGCCAAGACAUCUAGCACCCCAGAACAUGAUGUGGCCAAGGGCCACACUGGGGCAAGAAGCAAAGGUGGGGGAGAAGACGGGGGAAAGAAGGGAACAACAGCACAUCAUGAAGGAGACAAAAAGAGCCUAAGCGGAGGUGGAAGCCAUGAGAAAAAGAGCCCUCACCAUGCUCACAGUGAAGGACAUCAUGCAAAUAGCAAAGGCCAUGAAAAAAAGAGCCCUCAUGGAGGGCAUGAUAAUGGGCAUCAUGUCACAGGAAGAGGUCAUCACAAGGGCAAAAGGGUCAGUGAUAGCCAGAGCAUCACAACGAAGACUUACUCACCCUUCCUAAAUUCCCUCUUCAGCAAGGAGAGAGAUUUGUCUCCAGAGGAGAUGGAUGAAUUAUAUGCUGCCUUUUUGGAGUUUGAUGCAGACCAAGAUGGCUUUAUCGGUUAUAAAGAGUUGGGUGAAUGCAUGAGGACAAUGGGUUACAUGCCAACUGAGAUGGAACUAAUAGAGAUCUCCCAGCACAUAAAGAUGAGGAUGGGAGGUCGUGUCGACUUUGAAGAUUUUGUAGAGCUCAUUGGUCCAAAGAUGCUGGCAGAAACAGAAAACAUGGUGGGUGUGCGAGAGCUGAAGAUUGCUUUCAAAGAAUUUGAUAUGAAUGGAGAUGGCCAUAUUAGUGGACUAGAACUCAGUGAUGCUGCACAGAGUUUCUUAGGAGAACAGCUGAAUCCCAGUGAAGUUCAGGAGAUCAUCCAUGAUGUAGACCUUAAUGGAGAUGGCAGAGUUGACUUUGAUGAGUUCGUUAUGAUGCUGUCAUCAAGAUAACACUGGUUGAAGUUACAGAAGUCAAGCUUCCAAUGACACUGAAUGUUCACCACGUAAUAGCACUCAAUGUUUGUAAUAAAACCUCUUAUUUACUAAAUUAAACAGUUACAAAUAAAAAAAAGAAUUAAAUUAAAAA